GACAUGACCGUGGACUUCCAGUAUGGCGUCUCCCACGGUGGCCGCCGUCGGAGCCGGGGCAGUGGGUGACCAACCGCCGGUGGACUCGGUGGACGAUGCCGAGGGCUUGUACGUGGCCGUGGAGCGCUGUCCGCUCUGCAACACGGCCAGAAGGCGCCUCACCUGCGCUAAAUGCAUCCUGGCCGGCGAUUUCGUUUACUUCGACAACAGAAACUCCGAGAGAUAUGCUGACAAAAUGGAACGGUUAAAACUCUUCAGGAAUGAGAAGGAAAAGUAUCAGCAACAAGUUAUAAAAGCUGUUGAAGGGAAGUGGAAAACUGAUCAACUGAAAUGGAAGAUCAUGUCUUGCCAGAUAAGGAUUGAACAGCUGAAAGAUGCAAUUUGUUCAGGAAAUGAGGAAGUACAGAAAGAUACAGAAUUGGUAUGUAAAAAUCAGGAAGACAACCAAAAGUUGCAACGUCGGGCCCAACGACAUCAUGAGAAAAAGGACAAGAUUCAGAGGCACAUACGUAAACUGAGUGAUUUAGUUGAGAAGAAAAACAUAGAAUUUUGGAAUCGUCAGGAACACCUAGCCCGCAACCGUUGGACUCACAUCCUAGAAUUAACAUGUGUAAUUUUCCCAUUACAAGAGGUGAAAACAGGAAUGAGAGAUCCAGCAGAUACACCAUUUGAAUCUGACAGUGGCAUGACCUCUAGUACCGUAAGUGAGCUGGCAGAGGCAAGGAGAACCACUUAUCUCUCUGGAAGAUGGAUCUGUGACGAUAACAAUGGAGAAACUAACAUAGGGAUUGUAGGCCGCUGGAUUUACCUGCCCAGCAAUGGGGAUUAUUCUGCUUACUAUAACUGGGUGGAAGAGAAGAAGUCUGCACAAGGGCCAGAUAUGGAGCAGAGUAACCCUGCAUUUACCAUCAGUGCGGCUUUAUGCUUUGCCACUCAACUGGCAAACAUACUUUCUCACAUUCUUGAUGUAAAUCUUCCUAAAAGACUUUGCAACAGUGAAUUUUGUGAAGAGAAUAUGAGCAGAAAGAAGUUUAUUCGGGCAGUGAAUAAGCUAAACACAAACAUCCUAUACCUCUGCUUUUCCCAGCAUGUUAACCCAGAGCUAUUACAUCCAUUGCAUACACUCCGGAACAUUAUGCACUUGGUCAGUCCAGAAAAUAAAAGCCUGGGAAGAUCUGGUCCUUUUGAAAUCAGUGCUGAUCUUGAAGAUUCAAUGGAAUUAGUGGAUCCAAAUAUCGCUGCUCAGACUGAUGAAAGUGGAGAUGAAUAUAUAAGUGAUGAAGAAACUGAUCUGGGAACAGAUUGGGAGACUGUACCUAGUCCUAAGUUUUAUGAUAUCCCCUCUCAACCAGUUGAAGUAUUGCAAAGUCAAGCCAUGCAAGCAUCUCAACCUGUCAGCAAUAGUAACAGCACUGGUGGCAUGAUAUCUUCUGCGGCAGCUUCUGUUACAUCAUGGUGGAAGCAGUACUACGGACAGCGCUAAUUACCCGCUGCACUGGAAUAUAAACUUCUGAUGAAAGGAAAAAACUCAUGAGAACAAUACUUGUAGUGCCUAUAAAAUACACAAAACUAGAUAAACAUUUAUAUGGAUCAGAAGCAUAUCAGCAGAUUACAACUGGUUAAAUACUGUUUUGGUAUAAUGGAACUAUUUCUUUGAACAAAGUUGUGUAUAGGUUAUAAAUGUGCAAAGGAAGUGACGAGAGCACUUUUUCUUAGUUCAGAGUACUAGAUAAUGGUCUUAUCAAAUGUGUUUCAAAUGCCAACUUUAUUAAUGACCUUAUGACUUUUCAGUCAGACCACUUUCUGUAGUGGUCUGCACUGGUGAAUGUCAGUUGUUGGAGUAUUUGCAGAAUCCUGAAAUGACACUUGAAAACUAAGGAUGGUGCAAUUUUAAAUCUUGCAAGUCACUAAGCUCAAGGAAUCCACUGUUGAAGAAUUUGCAAUGUAUUCAUCCUUUUCAAGGGUACCAAUUCAGAUUCUACCAUUCUCAGGCUGUUCUUUCCAAAUGACAGCAGUUCUGUUCCCCCUUGUUAUUUUGCAAAUGAUCUGGUUGAUAACCCUCCUGCCACCUGAACAGUUUAUUGCAAAUUUUUUUUUCGAAACCCCUCAAGAUUUUGAACACCGAUCAAGCUUCUCUAAGCAAAGCACCAGUUUCUACGGAAUCACUGCAAUAAGAAGUCUCUUUUCCUUGAUGUUAAUCAUUUCAGCAUGCUCUCGAAUCUUGCCACCUUCCGAAAAUGAGAUGCCUAUUUUGGGCCUGAACAGCAUUUGAUAAAGGUUUAGUGUAACUUUGUUUUUAUCCUUUAUAGCUCUGAAGCUAUGGAUCCUACGUGAGUAUUUGAAUGACCUCAACUUCUCCUGACAUUUUCAAAAUCUGUCUAUAAAUACCCUUUCUUAUCGUCGCUGCACUCACAUUAAAACUGUACAGUUUAGUUUGUGUUCUCUUGUUCUAACUACUAAAAUGGAUCAUUUCAGG